UUUCUUCGAGGGUUUUUUAGUUUUCACUUUUUUUUUUCUUUCUUUUUUUUUUCUUUUUUCUUUUUUUGUUACUCUUCGAAGAACCCUAAAAAUCACACCUAUUUUUUCAUCAAAAUCAAAAGGAUUUAUACAGAAAAAUGCAACAGCAGCAGCAACAGCAGAGAUUUAAACAACAACAACAAGUAGCUUUGAUGCAACAAGCAGCUUUAAUGCAGCAACAACAUCAACAAUCUAUGUAUCAUCCUGGUUUAUUAGCUCCUCCACAGAUAGAGCCGAUCCCAAGUGGAAAUCUACCUCCUGGUUUUGAUUUGAGUACAUGCCGCAGUGUGUAUGUUGGAAACGUUCAUAGUCAGGUGACUGAACCACUUCUUCAGGAGGUUUUUGCAAGUACUGGUGCACUUGAAGGUUGCAAGUUAAUUAGAAAAGAGAAGUCAUCCUAUGGUUUUAUUGACUAUUUUGAUCGUAGAUGUGCUGCUCUCGCCAUCAUGACUCUCAACGGGAGACAUUUGUUUGGGCAGCCUAUCAAAGUUAAUUGGGCGUAUGCUAGUGGUCAGAGGGAGGACACCUCAGGUCAUUUCAACAUAUUCGUUGGUGAUCUUAGCCCUGAGGUUACUGAUGCUACUUUAUAUGCGUGCUUCUCUGUAUAUCCAAGUUGCUCAGAUGCAAGGGUUAUGUGGGAUCAAAAGACUGGACGUUCAAGAGGUUUUGGGUUUGUUUCCUUCAGGAAUCAGCAGGAAGCUCAAGGUGCAAUAAAUGACUUAACUGGGAAGUGGCUAGGCAGUAGACAGAUACGGUGUAACUGGGCGGCGAAAGGUGCUACUUCAAACGAUGAGAAGCAACUCUCAGAUGUCAAAAGUGUGGUUGAAUUGACAAAUGGAGGAACAUCAGAAGACGGUCAAGAGACCAUAAAUGAAGAUGCUCCCGAGAAUAAUCCUCAGUAUACUACAGUUUAUGUUGGCAACCUUGCGCCAGAGAUUACCCAGCUUGAUCUCCACCGACAUUUCCAUUCCCUUGGUGCCGGAGCAAUUGAAGAAGUCAGAGUACAACGAGACAAAGGCUUUGGUUUUGUGAGAUACAGUAACCAUUCAGAAGCAGCUCUUGCUAUUCAGAUGGCCAAUACUCGUAUGUUCUUUGGAAAGGCACUAAAGUGUUCUUGGGGUAGCAAACCAACCCCACCAGGUACAAGUUCAACCCCACUUCCCCCACCCGCCGCUGCUGGUCCUUUCCCUGGUAUUACCACCACGGACUUGUUAGCCUAUGAGCGACAAAUGCAAAUGAGCAAGAUGGGAGGUCCUCAGGCGGCAGCAAUGAUGCAUCACCACCCUCAUGCUCAGCUUGCUCUAAAGCAAGCCAUGGGAAUGGGUGCUGCCGGAGCAGCCAGUCAAGCAAUAUAUGAUGGUGGUUACCCAAACGCCCAACAGCUCAUGUACUAUCACCAGUAAAUCAUCUUCCUCGACCACUUUCUUUCUCUCUAUACUUGCAGUUGCCUCGCCUGCUGGUCAGAGACGAGACUGCUUGAGUUUGUACUAAACCUUAAAACUAGACCCAUCUUCUUUUUCAGUUUCUUUUUUAGUUUCUCCUUCCACUGUGAGCUUGUUUGAGUGUUCUACUUGGAAUUUGUAAGGAUAUAUCAUAGCGUGUGAAGUUUUAAGUUUUUAUGUAGGGUUUGAGCGAGUGUUUUCUUUUCUUUAGCGCGUUCUCUUCUACUGCUGGGAGUGAUUACCUGAUGGAAAUGAUUCCUGUUAUAAUUACUCAGAUGUACCUAGUGGUGUUCUUUUUUCUUGUUUCUUUACAAUUUCUCCAGUUUUUUGUUCUUACUGUAUCAUUCUGACUGUAUUAUAUUUCUUUGUAUUUCUCUGUUGAUGAAUCGAAAGAGAAGUGAAGUUCUUCGA